AUGACGUCGUGGCGACGACGUUUCCAUGGCCAGCCGUUGUCGUGGGAUGUGGUAUUGUCGUCCGGUCGAUUGAAGAUCGAUCGAUUUGCUUGGAAAUUCAAAGAACAGAGAGCGGCGUGUCCGACCGUAACGGCGCUAAGUUAUCACACUGUAGAUCUUCCUUUCCUCCGUAAGGCGUUGUUGGCGAUACAUGUGCUCAUCACAUUCGCCGUCGCGUGGGAGCCGACCGCUCAAUGA